AUGGAAGUGAGAUGUCGUCCAGCGGUGAUGUGUUGUGUUUUUGCCAUCCUCUGCGCUGUGGUUCCCCGGUCGCUGGGGUCGUCUUACGUGGACAGACAGUACCUGAACGAGUGGGCAGUGGAGAUCCCAGGCGGACUGGCCGCUGCGGAGGCGAUCGCCAGGGAGCUGGACUACGAACUGGUCCGACAGAUUGGGGCCCUGCAAGACCAUUUCUUGUUCAAACACCGCAGUCAUCCUAGCAGAAUGAAACGGAGCGCCAGCCACAUCACCAGGCAGCUGUCUGAGGAUGAUCGGGUGCUUUGGGCAGAACAGCAGUACAAGAAACGUCGCAGCAAGCGAGCGUCCCUCGGGGGUUGCAGGGAUUGCCCCGUGGAUAAGCUGUUUGAUGAUCCCAUGUGGAAUCAGCAGUGGUACCUGCAAGAUACACGGACGUCCUCCUCGCUGCCGAAGCUGGACCUGCACGUGAUCCCCGUGUGGCAGAAAGGCAUCACAGGAAAAGGAGUGGUCAUCACCGUUCUGGAUGACGGGCUGGAGUGGAACCACACAGACAUCUACUCCAACUACGAUCCAGCGGCCAGCUACGAUUUCAAUGACAAUGACCCCGACCCCUUCCCCAGAUACGACUCCACUAAUGAAAACAAGCAUGGGACCAGGUGUGCUGGGGAAAUUGCUAUGCAGGCAGACAACAAUAAAUGUGGGGUUGGAGUAGCAUUUAACUCCAAGGUUGGAGGGAUUCGCAUGCUGGAUGGGAUUGUGACUGAUGCCAUCGAGGCCAGUUCUAUUGGGUUCAAUCCAGACCAUGUGGACAUCUACAGUGCCAGCUGGGGACCCAAUGAUGAUGGCAAGACAGUGGAGGGCCCUGGCCGCCUGGCCCAGAAGGCUUUUGAAUACGGUAUCCAGAAGGGCCGUGGUGGGAAAGGCUCUAUCUUUGUUUGGGCAUCAGGUAAUGGUGGCCGUCAGGGAGAUAACUGUGACUGUGACGGCUACACGGACAGCAUCUACACAAUCUCAAUCAGCAGUGCCUCCCAGCAGGGCCUGUCCCCUUGGUACGCUGAGAAGUGCUCCUCCACUCUGGCUACAGCGUACAGCAGUGGAGACUACACCGACCAGAGGAUCACAAGUGCUGAUCUACACAAUGAGUGCACUCAGACUCACACUGGAACGUCGGCCUCUGCCCCGCUGGCCGCUGGAAUAUUUGCCCUGGCACUGGAACAAAACCCAGACCUAACCUGGAGAGACCUGCAGCACAUCGUAGUCUGGACAUCUGAGUUCGAUCCUUUGGCCAAUAAUCCAGGUUGGAAAAGGAACGGAGCAGGACUGAUGGUCAACAGCCGCUUUGGCUUUGGCCUCCUGAAUGCUAAAGCCCUGGUGGACCUCGCUGACCCGGCCACCUGGAAGCAUGUGCCUGAAAAGAAGCAAUGUAUCGUCAGGGAUGAUUCUUUCCAGCCCAGGGAGCUGAAAGCAGCAGGGGAGAUCACUAUAGAGAUUCCAACCAAAGCCUGUGCGGGGCAGGAGAACACAGUCCGCUCAUUGGAGCAUGUGCAGGUGGAGGCCAGCAUUGAAUACACCAGGAGAGGAGAUCUUCACAUCACACUCACCUCCCCUGCCGGUACCAAUACAGUGCUUCUGGCUGAGCGAGAGAGGGACACGUCCUCUAACGGCUUCAGAAACUGGGACUUCAUGUCUGUUCAUACAUGGGGAGAAGACCCUGCUGGUACAUGGACGCUGAAGAUCACAGACACUUCUGGUCGUAUGGAGAACGAGGGCCGUAUCUUGAAUUGGAAGUUGAUUCUUCAUGGAACGUCAGAGAAGCCAGAGCACAUGAAGAAACCUAGAGUGUACAUUCCCUACAACGCUGUGCAGAAUGACAGGCGUGGUGUGGAACAUAUGGACGACAUGAUGGAGGUGAGUGAGCCCACACAGGCCCAUCCACCUCCUAAGACAGAAACUGCACAUGCUUCUCCCUCUUCCGACCCAGAAAAGGAGCCCAAAAAGCCUCUGAAUUCACCCUACUCCCCCUCUCUGGCCCUUCUGCGCCUCCUGCAGACAGCCUUCAACAGGCAGAUUCCAGUCCAGGCGCAGCCCCCGGCCAUAGCCAGAUCCUCCUCCUCCAUCUGGAGAAAUCAGCAACAGCUGGACAGGAGUCUCUCUCCACCUACAACAAAACUCCCCGCUCAGAAGCUGUACCAGGCUCUGGACUUGAUCAACAAGUACCAGGGCCCUGAGGACAGUGUCUACAGUGACUACAGCGAUGGCUUCUACAGCACCAAGCCAUACAGGCACAGAGAUGACCGACUGCUGCAGGCCCUGUUUGAAAUGUUAGAUGAUGACCGCAAGUGA